AUGACAAGCACUAUGUUGAUGGACAGCACCCUUGAUACGGAUGGCACAGCAUUUAUUUGUCCUGAAUGUAGCUUUAACGGUACAAGUUUACCAGAAUUAAUUAGUCAUCUGAAUGAAACACAUGGCGAAGAAACCGCGACGAAAAGUGUUUCACCACCGAAAAAUCCGGCAGUAUUAUCGAAUGAAAAACGAUCAAGACGUAAACCAGCAUUUAGUCAUCAAAUUAUCUCUCAGCCACAGCGCCAGUCAAUGCCAGUAUUCAAACAGUCUAAUGUUGAUCCCGGCUCCAUUCAUUUCUGGAAUCGUGUUAUAUCAGCCGACGAGAAUGAUCGAAAAUUUUCAGAGCCCACAAAGGUUCGCGAUGAAAAUGUAACUCAUCCGAAGAUAAGUCCACAAAGAUUAAUUGCACCCAAAAUAAUACACACUCCACCAACAACAGUAGAUACUUCGUCCUCGUUCUGCUCACCAUCUUUUCAGCCAAUUCAAAAGAACUUUCAGUGUCGCAUUUGCCAUCUAACUUACAAAAAUUUUCAUGAUUGCACAGCACAUAUCCGUCGCAAGCAUGAAAUUAGUCAUGCGCAAGCUGGUCGUUAUGUUGGUAAACUCGAUACCGAUGUUCCAUUACCACCUUCAGCAACAGGACAUUAUAAAAUUCGCUUGAAAGUCAAAUCUCUACCUCCUCAAGCACCAACGACUGCAACUUCAGUCGAGAAUUUCACGAACGUCUAUCAAUGUAAAUAUUGUCCGUACACAGCAUCUUGGUUGAAAGAUGUGGCUCAACAUGAAAGACAAAAUCAUGGAAAAUAUUCUUCCUUCGUUCAUGAAGACACACCACAUAGUAAUAAACAUAACAAUAAAGAUCACAAUGAUUUAUCUGCACUUCUAAUUGAUAACGUUGAACCCUACAAUGAUGCUCUUCCUAAUUCCAAUGACGAAAUUAUUAUGAUAGAAGAAGAUAUUGAUGAUGAUGAAGAAGAUGCGCUUUGGAAAUAUCAACAAGAACUCAAUAAUCUAACUGAAUCACCCACAAAUCAUAAUAACACUACUCACCAUCACCAGAACCAUCCGAAUGCGAGUUUUCUCGCAAAACCUUUCAAAAAAUUUCAAUGUCCACACUGUGAACACUCAUCGCCGAAGUUAGCUAAGCUCAAACUUCAUAUUGCAACACAUACGAAUAUAAAGCCAUACAUGUGUUCGAUUUGUGGCUGGCGUGCCAAUCUUCGAUGGUAUAUUCAAUGUCAUGCAAAGAAACGUCAUCCGAAUCAGAAUUUCGAGGUUUUACAACUAUCUAACGAAGAAGCUGAACAAACAAUCAACGCUUAUAUGCGUGAAAAUGGCCUGCAGACGAAAGUCCAUAAUCGUUUUGAUUCUAAACAUCACUAUCAAUGUUCAUUGUGCCAAUUUCGUUCGAAUCAUCCACGAUUUAUCGAACAACAUAUUGAAACAAACCACAGCCACAUGAUGGAACAAAAUAAUAACCAUUCCAAUUUAACUCCUGUAGACCUCAACUCUCAAUAUUCGUCAAAGAUCGUCUAUCCUAACUUUUCCUCGCAUCCGAAUUUCAAUCCAAAUCGUUUAUAUUACUGUUCGUUAUGUUAUCGUGGUUAUCGCUGGCGUUAUGACGUCAAACGGCACCACAAGACCAUGCAUGAGACAGUUGAUGACGAAGUAACCAAAGGUCGAAAUUUCCAUUAUCUGGAAUACGUUCCGCAAAUUGAUAGUUUGAUUACAGCAACGAUGUCGAGUAUUCACAAUCCCAUGAAGCACGAGAAUGAAGUUGAAGAUAAUGAUGAUGAUUUGAAAUUAAGUAUUGCUGAUGCUCGAACAGUCGAUGUAACUGACGAAGAAGCAGCUUUACUGAUGAUCGAACCAGAGAGAUCGGAAACCAACCAAAUUGUCAUUGAUGAUCAUCCUGAAGAUGCAGUGAUCGUCUUUGAAGAUGACCGAACAGAUAAGUCGACAUCGGAAAUUGCCAGACUGUCAUCUCGACCGACCUACAAACCAUUUCGUUGUCCAUACUGUUUCUAUCGAACUAACUGGCGCACGGAUUGUAUGCGACACAUGCGAGCGCGACAUAAGGUUGAACCGAAUCAAAAUGGAUAUUAUGAAAUGUCACCUGAUGAAGCUGAACGAACUUAUGAUGAGUACGAACGUACAUUUGGUUUCGUUGUGGCAAAGAAAGUUUUAGCACGCUUUACGGACUUUCGUCAAAUAUCUUGGGAAGAUCUGAAGAGAUCCAUCUGGGAGAAAAUCAAAGAUAAACCAGAUUUCGAACAAUGUAUUUAUGAUCGUCUACGGCCAGAUGAUUAUGAUCUAACACCAGUGAUUCAAAUGCCACCGGCACAACCUAUUGUUAUUACCAUACCAAACAAAAUGCCAUUUGUGAAACAGAAACGUGUUUUUACCUGUAUGGACUGUGCAUUCAGUUCACAUCGAAUUUAUGAACUUGAACGACAUAUUUGUUCCAGAAUUCAAAAGUUUCAACGAGAGAAAUCUCAUGGUCAAGUCGUUGUCUCCUUAUACGAGUGUACCAAGUGUUCAUACCGUACAAUGAAUCUCAAUUAUGCUAAACAGCAUAUUUAUCUCCAUCAAUCCAAAGAGAAUGAAAAGAAAAUGUUUUUCUACUGUUCAUUCUGUGGCUAUAAUCAUCGAUUACGAUCGAAACUUAUUGUACAUAUCGCAAGAACGCAUCCCAAACGAAACUCCUCCAAUUGUUUAACUACUUGUCGCUACGAAUUUGAUGCUGAUUUUGCCAUUCAACAAACUUUGUUAAAACGUUCGUUUAUCGAACAACAAUUGCAAACAUCCAAGCUUUUCUACUGUCUUUACUGUCCAUACAUAUCGGCAACAAUUCUCGAACACAAUCAACAUCGCUUGUAUCAUCAGGAUAAUUCCAUGCACUCGUACAAGUGUCAACAUUGUUCAUUUGCAUCGAGUUCUUCUAUUUACACUAAUCAACAUAUGCUAUUGCACAAAAAUCCAACGCGAACAAUGUCAACUGAUAUCGACGCGAAAUCUUUGAAAUAUAUUCCUGUUUCUACAAUCUGCAAAGAAAUUCUCGGCAAACCUCGCCGUCACAAUUGUCCAUUCUGUAGAUCAUUCGCAUCAAGUUGUUCAUCGACAAUACUCAUUCACAUAAAGAAUACUCAUUCUUUGAACAGUAAGCAGUUUGAUGGUAGUUUGAUUAUUGGUGCGGAAUUAGCAAAAGAAAUACUCUGCUUUGAGGUAAUAAGAUCAACAGGAAAUCAAUGA